AUGCGGCCAACCGCGCUGGCGGACGUCGGCUCGCUCGCCUCGCUUGCGGCUCGGCCAGGCGACGGCUCUAUCGCCAAUGACCAGGCCACCUCGAUGGUGCUCUCGGCACGGGAGAGGAGCUGCUCCGUACAGAGCGACUCAGACUCGGGUUCGUCGUGCACCACAGAGUACUCUUGGCGCCGGCAGGUCAUCGAGUACCCUUGGGCCGAGCCCAGCUUCACGGUCCGCUCCGCGUUGCUUGCGCCGUGGAGGCAGCCUCGCUCUCCUGCCCCGCAGUCGCUCGCCGCCGAAAGCAUCACUCCGCCGUCGCUGUGCGCGGCGCGCGGGCACGCAGGUGGCUCCGUCAAGAAGCUGCUCGCGGCGGGCGCUGAGGUCUACGAGGGCGUCUCGCCGCUGAGCCUGCACGCCGCGCUCAACCAGCCGACGCAGCUCAAGCGCGAGAUCUCCGAGAUCAAGCGCGAGAUCUCCGAGAUCGAGCGCCAGCCGCGCCGCAUCCCGAGCCAGCGCGACUGCGACGGCGACCGCACACCGCUGCACUGGGCGGCGGCGCGCGGGAACUCGCACUGCGCGGCGCUGCUGGUGGCCGCGGGCGCCGACGUGCUCGCCACUGACCGCGCGGGGCUUACUCCGGCGAGCCUCGCCUUCUCGCUGCGCCAGUGGUCCACCUACGCCUUCCUCGCCGAGCGCGAGCGGGAGGCGGGCGAGGCGCGGAGCUCGAGGCAGGAGUGCGAGGACGACGACGCGUAUGCGCCGCCGCGGCCGACGCACGGACAUCCGACGCACGCGCAAAUACAUCACACUUCUCCUCACGCGGCGGCGGUCGCCUUUGCCCUGCUCUGGCUGUGCAUCGUGCUGCUGGUGCCAAUCGCGAUGGUGCAGACGCACCUCGAGAACCAAGAUGCCGAGGCACGCAAGCGGGCGCGGCGUGAGUGGGCGUCGGAGGCGGCGAGCGGGCUGCGGCAGCGGAGUCUCGAAGAGGGGCGGUGCGCUCUGGCGAGCGGCUCUUCCCUCGGGUUCUGCUGCAUCUGCAUGGAGGAGGGCAGCGUGGAGGAGCCGCUCACUGUGCUCCCAUGCGGCCACGAGUUCCAUGCUGGCUGCAUAGAGCAAUGGCUUGUCUUCCGCGGCAAGGCGGCGGGGUGCCCCCUCUGCAAAGCGCCCCUCUUUCCCAAGGAGUCCAAAGAGGCGGCCGCUAGCGCGGCGGGGGCGACCGCGGCGCCGGCGGCGUCGUCGGGCGGCGCUGUGGUUUUGGUGUGA